CAUACUGGAGAGAAUUUAUAAAUGGCCACCACCACCACCACCACCAUUUGCAUCACCGUUGUUACCGCAGUCACUAUCACUACCACUACCACCACCAUUACCACCGCUUCAACCGCUUCCACCAUCGCUACCACCACUACCACCAUUACCGCCACGUCUACCACCUCAGCCUUCUUUGCUGCCAUCAUCAUUCUUGAAUGUUGAUGAUAUUCCUUUUCUGAUGGAACGUUUCACCCAGAUUCCAUUUGACCAUAUACCACCUCAUGAGUUUCGGCGAAUACAAAUGUUCUGUUAUAGAUAUCCGGGGCAUAGUAAGUGCAGGAAAAAGGAAUGGGUGGCAGUUCAAACGGUCAAUAUUCCCAUGCAGAAAAAUACGAGUCAUUUUCCACCUGUAUCAGAAAUACCCCAAGUCAAUGUAUUCGAGAAUGUAUCAACUAGUCUAAUUAGUGACAUUCCGCGGUUUGCAUUUCAAGAAUUGAAAAAAGAAAAUCGAGAAACUCUUCUAAAAACUUGUCUAAAUGAAGUGAAAUGUUCAGAACAAGAAGAAAAAUGGACAAUAAAACGUGAACAAAUUGCUGCCCUUGAAAUGGACCUUGCAAAAAAAGUUGCUGUGACAAGUGCCGAUAAUUUCGAAGAUCGCAUCCAAUUGAAACUUAUGCGAACACAACAAGUGAAGAAUUCUUUGCUACAAUUUGCUGGCAUUUUUGACGCCGUAGUACCAGCGGAUGAUGGAACUUUUCAAGAUGACAUACUACUAACUGUACAGCAAUCCAAUUAUUUAAUUAAUUCAAUUAAUAAUCCAGAAGUACGAAAAAAGCGGCAAUCAUUGUUUUUGGAUGAUUUACCAAAGGAGAAAUGGAAUAUUACUAAACCGAUAAAAUAUAUUUUAGAUUUAUCUUUUGAACAAAAUGAAAGAGAGUUAAUAAUGAAAGCAUUAGAUGAAAUUGGAUCACAAACAUGCAUAAAAUUUGAACUUGUUGAUACACAACCAAAUGAAUCACAUUUAUUUUAUGUUAAAAUCCCUCAGUCAGAUAUUUGUGGUUUGAGCUAUAUCGGUCGAGUAGAAGGCUUCAAUCCGAUCUAUUUGAGUUUUACUUGCGAAAAGAGUUUUGGUAUAAUAAUCCAUGAAACAUUACACGCAUUGGGUGUAAACCAUCAACAAUUACGUUCGGAUCGUGACGAUUAUAUUAUUGUUAAAUGGGAAAAUAUCAAUCCAAAAUUAUACGACUAUUUUGCUGUUUUGGAUUUGAAGAAAUUUACAAGUUAUGGUGUGAGCUACGACUACUACAGUAUCAUGCAUUAUGGACCGUAUGUUGGAGCAGUUAAUUCAAAGAAGCCAACUAUUGUACCGAGAUAUCAGAGUGAACGAUUUCUUAAAGUCAUGGGUCAACGAAAAGCUUUAAGCGACAAAGAUGUUGAAUUACUAACAGUUAUGUAUUGCAGUAAAGGAUGCGUCGAUGUAAACGUUUAUUGUGGUCUUUGGGCAUUGAAACAAUUAUGCACCCAUAACAGUUGGAUGAAUGAAAAUUGUCGCAAGUCAUGCGGCUUAUGUUAA